AUGAGAACUCUCCUACUCCUGCUGGCUCUUAUAAUUGGUUCAGUGGUGACACAGAGAGAAUACCGUGGUGGUCGUGGCGACAAUGGGAACAGCAAUAAUAACAAUCGUGGCUGUGAGUCCGGAUGGCAACGAUUCAACCGUCCGACCGGUGGAUACUGUAUCAAAGUGUACCGUGGAGAGCACACUCAACCCCAAGCGGAGGCCAGAUGUCAGUCGGUUGGGGCGAAACUCACGGGAGUUGUGAGUCAGGAGGAGAUUAGUUGGAUUACUAAAUCCGCCCUCUCCCUCAUUCCCCAAUCAUCCGGCUCCAUCUGGCUCGGAGCCAAGCGUACAAACACGUGUAACUCGUCCCCUCUCUCCUCGAAAUGCACUUCAAUGAACUCAUUCUACUGGACCGAUCGAAUCACCAUCGGGACAUCAGGACUCAUCUGGAACACCAAUCAACCCGACAACUCACAUGCACAGUCUCAACAGUGUGUCGUCUUGUUGGCCGCCCGUUCUACAGUAAUCCAGGAUAAAUGGACGUGGUAUUCCAACAGAUUGGAUGACGUGGCAUGUGGAUUGCCUUCUGGAGAUAACAAUGGUCCAAGGGCUAUUAGAGCAUAUGCCUGUGGAAAGGGCGCCUAA